AGCCGCACCAGCGCCGGUGGCGGUCUCGGCGACGACCAUACUGGCCAUCACCAUGACCGCCACCAACGCCACCAAGUUGAGUCUGCGGGCGCCCAUCCUGCUGAUGGACCACCCCGCCAAGUCGCCUGGGGAAGGAAGGGAAGAAGAGGAGAGAAAGGCGAGACUCGGGAGGGCGGCCCAUGGGCUAUUUGAGUCACGCCCGGGCGCUCAGCGGCGGCGGGAGGGGGAGAGCCCUCUCUCUCUCCGCCUCGGCCAUUCGUCCACUAUGGUUGGUGGUUGGACGGGUGGCAUGCCAACGGAUGCAUCACGGCCGACUGGGCCCAUUCUUUCUUUGUCUCUGCGCCUUGUGCAUGCGCUCGCCUGUCUCAAGGCACCCAGCGGUGAGCGCCGACCAGGAUCUCGACCCCACACCACGCCGGCCCAGAGGCCCGCUCCCUAUGCGACUGGCGAUUCCUGCAUCACAAGCUCACAGUGAGGUGGCGGGCCACCGCUGAACCGCCGACGCGUCCCCCAAUAGCGGCCGGCCAACAAACAGUUUUCUGUCGAAGACGGGGGCAUGCGAGGUGGCUGGCCUGUUGACCCGCCAAUUCGGGCAUCAUCGUCACCGCUCGCGGCCCCUCCCCUCCUCCGGUUGGGCCGCGCCGCACCGCGGUACCCAGCCCGACCAGCCUCCUCUUUUUCCUCCCGUCUUGACCUUUCGUUCUCUACUCCGUACUUCUCUCUCUCGUUGUGCUGCAGGGGUCGCGCGACUUUGACUUGACUAGACUUGCACGCUGGCCUUUUGUGAAGCAAACUAACAAUGUAGGAAAGUAUACGAAUACUCAUCGAGAGCGGCGCGAAAGGACAAAGAGUGACAAGACACUUCACACGCAGAAUAGCUCGUAUAUCAACAUGCACGCUGCAACUUCUCCGCUUAUACACACAAGGACUCAUUCGUCUACCGAUGACCCCAUACCUGCUUCGUACAAAGUACACCGUCUCGCCAGCACACCCCCUAGCCACUCAUUGACUUUUUUUUCGGUGGCAGCCGAUGGGCAGCCAGUCAGUCAG